UAUCAAUACACCCAAGCCUAAUGGCGACUUCAUCAUCUGCCAGCGCGGAGACGGUCAAUCCAACGGCUGUAGUAAUCAGAGAAGGUCGCAUCGAAGAUCAGGGCCCUGAGACUGUGCACACUGAAAUAGUUGCCAAUGACUACAUGCAUGAGAUAUCAACUGGAGCAAUGCCUGAGACCGGUCACAGUGCAAUUACUCAUCUCGCAGGCACACCGUCUGCCAUCUGUGUGACUGACAAUGAAGGGCAAGUGUUUGAAGCUCAAACAGGGAGCGACGUUACGACUGUGCAGCUCGUACAUGACGCUGCACAGGCCAUACCGCAGCAGGUAGUGGAGACUACAACAACCGAACUGUCAGCUGCUGCAGCAAUUCUGAGCGUAGCUGGUGCUCAUGCAUUUCAACAGGGAGCUGUUGAGGGUUCAGAUCAACUACAAGUCAUUCAGCAUCUUGAUGUCGGUGCCACGUCUGUCCUAACGUCGGUAAGUGGAGACCAACAGACAGCCACAGUUCACAUUCCCACAGCUGACGGUCAAACAGCCGUCCAACUGUCUGGAACAGGAACCAUUCCGUCCAACUACACGAUCGCACGAUCGGCUGAUGGACGCAUCAUCGUCAGUGCAGAUGGCAGCAAUGGAACAGAAAUCCUGAUGUUGAACCAAGGUCAAGGAGGCCACACGUUGCAAGUUGUUCCAGCCAGCAGUGUUGGAGAUGGAAACAUGCAGACAUCACAGUUUGCUCUCACUCUAUCUCCUGCCACUCCUAUGUCUCCCACCAAGCCUGUACAGUCGGGCUCCAAACUGCCAGCUGCAUCUGAUGUAGUGAAAGGCGAGCGUCAGAAGCAGCAGAAGCGGUUGCUACGGAAACUGCAGGCUUGCGCUCAGGAGUAUUGCCUUCGAUUGGGUGAAGAAUGUGUCAUUGUUGCUAGUGUUCGAGUCGACAGCUUACAAGGCACGCCAGAAACUUCAAAUGCUGUUCAACGCGAAGUGCAAGUUUUUGGGUCGAAAUUGUUUGAAGAAGUGAUUCGUAGUCACAUAACUGAAUUGAAGAACAUGCUAGAUGAACAAACACAGCAAUCACCCUCGGCUGCAUUCGAGUCAUCGUUACCUUCAACGCAGGGCAUGCCUGUGCUCCCUCUUCCCGCUCGUGAUCUCGAUUCUAUGAAUGGCAAUGAGUUGAAAAGUUAUGUCCCUUUGCUUUUACGUCAUUGCAUGGGUCGUAAUAGGCCUAUGUGGGGGAUGGAGGAGCAUCGUCCCAGCUGGUGGCCGGAUGGCAUCCCAUUUGAGAAUGUGCGGAUGGAUACACGACCAGCAGGUCAAGUGAGAGAGACGCAGACGUGGAGUGCUUGCCUCAGGCAGAUCGUUAGAGCCUGUUUCCAGCACUUUGGAUGUGAGGCAUUGCUGGAUGGUCUUCCUAAAGUUUCCCACUCUGCAGCACAGCGUAGCAUGCUUGUCUUCUCUUCUCCUGCAGCUGGCAUGACUCCAAUGUCAGAUCAGUCUCAUUCUCUUGACCAGUCACUGUCUGCAGCUGCUGGUGACGAGUCUAUGCAGCAGGAGCCCCAACCUGCAGCUCAAGAACUCGAGAGUGGAGCUGUUGCUGUUCAAGAACACGAGACCAUGGUAGCCGAGCAAACAGUCACAACAGUGCAAGAAACACCAAGAAGCACACGCAAGAGGAGACGUGCAUCUGGGUUAACACCCGAAGGACCGACAUCUGAUGCAAAGAAAACAGCUGGAGCAGUGUUCCUUCGAGUUCAUUAUCGAACCAAUGGAGACAUGGAUGGUCUAGAGGAAGUAAUGAUUCACCCGUCUCUCACUUGUGCUGAUGUGUUGAAACACAUGAAUGCAGACGAACAGUCCUUUGAACUUCGAACAGCAUAUGAUGGUGGAGCAGGCCUAACAGGCAAUGUGACGUCUCUAGUGAGAGGGCAGAGCUUGAUGGAUGUAUAUCUUGUCAAGAGAGCGCAGAAACAAUUUGCCUGAUUGUUAGGUUGGACAACAACGUUGACAUUAGUGACACUCAUCUGUGUGUGUUUAUGCAAUUGCAUGAUACCUACCUAUACCCAGUCCUCAAAUACCUCUCAGUUUGUAUCACAGAUGAUUGUGCUCAUUGUGUGCAAGCUGCAGUUUGCGGUGAUGCUGAAAUAAAGUUACGAUAAUGUGACAUCUUGUUUAGUCAUGUUACAUGCAUGCGUUUGUACAUUACAUCUAUACAAAGGACCGGUGUCUGUUAACUUCGCUCAUAAGUGCUUACAUAAUCCCUUUACAUUUACCCUCUCAUCUGCCCGUAUGCUUGCAGUGGUGAUCUCUCACAACUCACCUGCCUGUUUGAGUCUUUCCAGAGUUUCUUUUUGCCUGCCUGACUGCUUCACACAUUGAAACAGUUGAACUUGUUCAUGAAGCACUUUCUGUUAAUUAUCGAAAAAUCAUGUAUUGUAGUGUGUAGAGAUGCUGUAUCCUAAUAAAAUAACCGGCUUGCCUGAGCACGCUCUCUACAUGAACUGCCAAAGAUUUUCCCUGUCUUGCUAACCAGCUUAAUGAGUAUAUAUCAACUAGUAAAACAGGGUUGAUUUACAUGAAUUGGUGGCCCAACUAUCUCGAAAUCAAACUCAGAAGAAGAGAAGCCGCAGUUUCAUUCUCUGGAGAAAAUGAUUGAUUAUCAUAGAAACUUCAACAUCACUUAACUUUGGAUAUAUAUCACAGAAACAGUCAGAAGAUUUCAUUAAAAACAUAAAGUCAAAUGGGAUGCUGCCAGGCUUAGAUCAACACAGGGGAAAGGUGCAGGAGCAUGGCAACAUACAAGAACGCACUUAAACCUAACAAAUUUCGUUUAGCGUCUUGUAUGAGAUUGGGAAUCAGCUUGCCAUUUAGUCGAUUGCUUGAGCAUGUGACUGUGGACAGAAGUUAACUCAAGAAGGUUUUCAUUUGAUUACCUGUAAAUAUGGAGGCGGUCCUGUCUGGUCUCACAAUACUAUUGUUGCUGAGUGGUUUGCUUGCCUAACGAAGCUGGGUAUUCCUCAUCAAACAGAACCAAGAAACAGAUACAUACAAACUGAUACAAGACCAGACAUUACAUUCUACGACAUUGAUUCUGGUGUCACCUAUGAAUGUGAUGUUUCUUUGGCUCACCUUUGGAGGAAAGACGUAGUGAACGGAGCUGCAAAGGCCUGCAGACAUGCAGCCACAAAACAGGAAUCAGAAAAAUGUUACAAAUAUUCAAAGAAGAUCUUGCCAGAUGGAUCUGGCCCUGAAAUUGUUCCACUAGUUUUUUAGCAUUUGGGCACAUGGGGAUCACAAGCGGAAAACUUACUGCAUGAACUGGGAAGAAAGGCAGGGCUCAUUGAAGGACUACGAGUAGAUGCAGAGUUUAUGUCAUAUUGGCGACGACGUUUUUCUGUGUCUGAGAAAAGUG